GUGGUGCCUAGCAGCUGCUUGGUGUAUGUGUUCGUGGAGCGAUUCAUCAACCCUGUAUGGUGCGAUUUGGCUUAAUAAUUACUCCAGUUUAACAAUAGAUCAGAAGACCGAAUAAUAUUAUUCUACUUUCGCUUACUUAGACUUACAUUCUUGGCUUUGCCGGAGUCUCACGAGUGCCGUGCUGCCGCUUUUUGGUCCAUUUUUAAUCAUCUACGUCCGCCUUCUUCACAGAGCAGGACGUGUUUUUCUGUUGCAUUGAGUUGUUACACGAGUCCUGCCUCGCCCUCGUGGUCGUAGUUUCGUGACAGGCAAUUUACUUUAGAUCAUUCUGCAUAAUUCCCUACAUCUUGGAAGCGUAGAGGUAGAGAAGACCAUGGCUUCGUCUUCUUCGUCCGCGGCUGGGUCCUCCGCAGGGACUGACUCAUUCUUUUUGAGCCCGUCAAUGAUAAUGAAUUUUGGCUUCGUUUUGGUACUGAUGCUUGCUGUCUUCGGAAUACCUGAUAUAGUUCGACAACCGCUUAUCUCUUUAGGUCUCAUGGAGCCGCGCAGCACUGCAACUGCAAGACACAUACUCGUAAAAGAGGUAUCGUCUAGUUAAAGUGUUUCAAUCUAGUAGUAGAUCUGCUAUUUCAAAUUUUUUCGCUCGACAACGCUUCGCAACCCUUGUUCUUCAAUCUCAAGGUUGAUUUCUUCCUCUGAAUUUACAUGCGUGCACAAAUACUCAGGAGUCGCAAGCUGCUGCGUUGAAGGAAAAGAUUGGCGGCAAUUUGCAGAACUUCAUAGAGGCUGCACGACAGCACUCAACGUGUCCGUCAGGGAAACAAGGAGGUAGCCUCGGCUCUUUCGACAAAGGGAGGAUGGUGCCUGCCUUCGACGCGGUGAUAUUCGAUCCCACCAAGGCUUUAGAUCAGGUGCACGGCCCCGUGCCAACGGGAUUUGGCUUUCAUCUAAUUUGGAUCGAAGCACGGAGUCUGCCUGAUGAACCAAAAGCUGAGGGGAAGAAGGCUGAAUAGGCUUACGUAUUUCGUUACAGCACAUGCACAAGCAGAACAGGAUGAGGCUGGCUCGAGGCGCGAUCCUCUUGACGAAAGAUUUUAUUAAAAUGAUCUGGCUUGGUGAGAUUAGAUUGAUGAUUUGGCGUGGCUGUUGCAGCCAAGCAGUUACAACAACAAAAUAGAAGAACGUCCUUUGAGAAUACCGUCGAAGCAUCAUGUGUAAUGUACUAUGCAUCUUACUUCUUUUACUUUUACAUUGAGAACAAAAAUGGGUCUCGUCGCAGGCACGGAGGUAGACGAGGAUGGUAUUUAGACUACUAUCUCAAGUAGAACUACCAGCCGGCGCAGUGUAUGAUGG